CGCCGUAUAACUCCAUGCCAUGCAGAUGCAUAUUGUAGCAGUGCUCAUCGGGUUGCUGGUCCUCGCUGGCAGCAUGCUUGAUCCAAAUGGAGUAGCUGACCUGAAGAAGUUUCAAGGGCUGCAAGUUCUGUCUGCAUUUUCGAUGCGCCGCCAAUGGGCUGAUCUGACGAAGCCCAUGGGAAGUGGCACGAUUCCUGGAUUGGCAGGCUUUAAGACAUACAUGUGUGUCGUUGUUGUUGUCUUCCACCAUUUCCUGUUGCAAGAAGCCCUCUCCGUAGGAGCCAACUCGUUCGCAGCUCCGGUUUUUGCCGCAACUGGCGGCCCUGACGUGGUGCAGGCUGUGGUCUUGCCCGCGUGGAGCAGCGGCCCCGGGGGGCGGUGGCGUAUGGACUUCGAACGCGACGACUGCCGGGCGGCGUGGUGGCGCACCCUCCUGUAUAUCAACAACUUCGGGCCCCGGGGGGCGCCCACUUGUGUUAUCCAGCUGUGGUCUAUGGCAGUGGACUUGCAGUGUUUUGCCGUGUGCCAGUUGAGCAUGUGGAUAUGGGCGCGGUGGAUGCGUCGGUCUCCGAAGCCACUUCAGGGAGGUGCCGAGAAGUCAAACCGUCGGUCCAAGGGAGCCAAGAGGUCAAAAGCCGGUUCGCAGGAGGAUGGCCGAGCGGGCAUUUUUUUGGAGCGCUCUUGGCUCGUCACUGACACUAGUUGUCCGUGUAGGCAUGGGGGUCUACUACAAGUGGCCUCUGGUGCUUGCCAUGGAUCACGCCUCCUGCGCUCAUCGGAAAAAGCUCCAGAACUGUUUCCCACCAUACACACCCAUGAGCAUCCAUCUUUUGUCCUACGUUCUCGGUGGCGUCUCCGCAAAUUUUCGUGA